GGACUUGAGAACGGAACAAAAGACGGGGAGACUUAACCGUCUUCCGAAAAGAGAUGCGGCUGUGUUGAAGAGACAAUUAUUUCACUUGCAAACAUAUCUGGGCGGAAUAAAAUAUAUGACGGGGUUACCCGAUAUUGUAAUAAUCGUUGAUCAGCAAGAAGAAUAUACGGCUCUUCGAGAAUGUAUCACUUUGGGAAUUCCAACGAUUUGUUUAAUUGAUACAAAUUGUGACCCGGAUCUCGCAGAUAUUUCGAUUCCAGCCAACGAUGACGCUAUAGCUUCAAUCCGAUUAAUUCUUAACAAAUUAGUAUUUGCAAUUUGUGAGGGUCGUUCUAGCUAUAUACGAAAUUCUUGAUUAAUAAUAAGAUAAGUAAAUUUUUGGGGGAACUUCAUAGAAUCGAUUUAUUGAAUCGGUUAUUAUUCUUGACUAGCAUAAAAGAGAUAAAAACCGGAGAUUUUCUGUGAUUAGUUGAUAUUAAAAAUAUAUAAUUAAAAUAUAUAAUUCAAGUAGGCAAAUUGAAAAAAAGAUGGUUGAAUCAAAAUAAUUCCUUUUUUAGUUCUAUUUCUUUCAGAGGGUAAUAUGAAUGUUCUAUUAUGUUCUAUCAAAACACUAAAAGGUUUAUACGAUAUAUCCGGUGUGGAGGUAGGCCAACAUUUCUAUUGGCAAAUAGGAAGUUUCCAAGUCCAUGCCCAAGUACUUAUUACUUCUUGGGUCGUAAUUGCUAUUUUAUUAGGUUCAGCCAUUAUAGCUGUUCGUAAUCCACAAACCAUUCCUACUGACGGUCAGAAUUUCUUUGAAUAUGUCCUUGAAUUCAUUCGAGACGUGAGCAAAACUCAAAUUGGAGAAGAAUAUGGUCCAUGGGUUCCCUUUAUUGGAACUAUGUUUCUAUUUAUUUUUGUUUCGAAUUGGUCAGGGGCUCUUUUACCCUGGAAAAUUAUCCAGCUACCUCAUGGGGAGUUAGCCGCACCCACAAAUGAUAUAAACACGACCGUUGCUUUAGCUUUACUCACGUCAGUAGCAUAUUUUUAUGCGGGCCUUUCAAAAAAGGGAUUGGGUUAUUUCGGUAAAUAUAUUCAACCAACCCCAAUCCUUUUACCUAUUAACAUCUUAGAAGAUUUCACAAAACCGUUAUCGCUUAGUUUUCGACUUUUCGGAAAUAUUUUAGCUGAUGAAUUAGUAGUUGUUGUUCUUGUUUCUUUAGUACCUUUGGUAGUUCCUAUACCUGUCAUGUUCCUUGGAUUAUUUACAAGCGGUAUUCAAGCUCUUAUUUUUGCAACCCUAGCUGCGGCUUAUAUAGGCGAAUCCAUGGAAGGUCAUCAUUGACUAGUUUUCGACACAGUCUUUUUUAGCUUAGCCUGACGCAAUGUAUACGCCGUUUAAGGUAAUCCACUUAGGGAAGAUAAAUAUACAAAUAAGGUAUAAAUAAAGAUAUAGACGAUCUAGAAUAAUUGUAAAAAAGGUUACGAUAUUUUUGAGUUGUAAAAAUAAAAAAAGGGGGG